AUGGUCCAAUGCUCUGGAAUUCACGACGCAUAUAGUCCCCAGAAACAGAAUUGGUCCUUAAAAAUCCUCUUCCUGAUGCUAGGAUCGAUGCUAGGGUUCUUUUUCUGCAGCAUAAAGCAUUCUUUGCUACCCAAGAGACUCACAGCAAUAACGCAGCAAUCAGCUUUCCAAGGGCGGACCGUCACUCUACACGUUCAUACUGCAAAUCAAUCUUGCCACUAUCGUUCUUUCAUCUCAAGAGGACUAAAAAUCACUUUAGACUCAGUACAAGCAACCAUGCCCACAACCCUUUGGGUAAAUCAAGAAAGUAGGAACGAAACUCUUUCUCAAUACAAGGAUCUAAUUCAGAAUCCGGCGCUAUUCCGCGAUCCGUUGUACUUCAAUUCGGAUCUUGAUACAAUGGCGUUGGAAGUAUACUAUCCAACACGACCGGGGAAAGAUAGGAGUUGGGUCCGUCAGAGAGGUGCGCGCAAUCACCAGAAGUUGUCUCUCGACCUGAGGGACUUAGCAGAGUGCGCACCAAAUAUUCUAAAAGUGGUGAAAUCAUUGUAUCUUCCUAUGAUCAUGCUCGAGAAUGGACCUGGAGCCACAUCCAAAGGCCUUUUGCCCACAUGCUGGAGUGGCAUGGUACAAUUCCAUGCGUUGGAAUUAGUCACAAUCACAGGAGUAGAAAGCGACUUCCAAGACGGUAUGCCAGUAGCUUCUACGAAAAGCGUAGCCAAAUUCUUCCAAUUCUCCUUCGAGAAGGAAAAGCGACAAUUUCCUGACUGUCAUAUACCAAGAUUGAACAUGUUCCCACUGGACGAUGAAAAGGAGAAAGCGACAGGAUCAAAUGAUUACUUUCACUUCGCGGGAAAUGGUCUUUUCGAAGACGAUAUAGUUGGAGGAUCGUGGAACUUAUGGUUUCAGGAACCAGAAAAUUAUUCCAAGGUCGAUAGAAGCAAGAAGAGAUGCGAUGGUGGAUUUGUUGAAGAAAGUAUUCAGGAUUUCAAUGCGAGCAACGAUGACGAAAAGAGACGGAAUCACACUGGCAGGAUUUCCGAGGCGGGGAAUGAUGGAGUCACCGUGGCGAGCAGGUUCAAUAGUUCGAGAUGGUCAGCGGAGUGA